GGAAUAUCUGGGGAAGCGGCGCCGUAUUCUGGUCCAGAAAGUAGCUGGGGGAGAGAGCUGUACAUUCUUUCGGAGCAAUGGACGCCAAAAAGCACGUGGCCAACUUCGGUGCAGGACCUGCUAAGCUGCCCCGAUCAGUACUGUUAGAAGCCCAGAAAGAUUUGGUGGAUUAUAAAGGCCUUGGCAUUAGUGUUCUUGAAAUGAGCCACAGGACAUCUGAUUUUUCAAAAAUCAUUAAAACUGCAGAAAAGUGCUUGCGCGAACUCCUCAAUAUACCAGACAAGUACAAAGUGAUUUUUCUCCAAGGAGGUGGAUCUGGACAAUUCAGUGGUAUCCCACUUAACCUUAUUGGCUUAAAAGAAGCAAGGUGUGCUGAUUAUGUGGUUACAGGAGCUUGGUCAGCAAAGGCAGCCAAGGAAGCAGAGAAAUACGCCAAAGUGAACCUUGUUCAUCCUAAGCUCUCUAGUUACACAAAAAUCCCUGACCCAAGCACUUGGAACCUUAACCCUGAUGCCUCUUAUGUUUAUUAUUGUGCAAAUGAGACCGUCCAUGGUGUGGAGUUUGACUUUGUACCUGAUGUUGGAAAGGCAGUCUUAGUUUGUGAUAUGUCAUCAAACUUCCUCUCUAGGCCUGUGGAUGUUUCCAAGUUUGGUGUAAUUUUUGCUGGUGCCCAAAAGAACGUUGGCUGUGCUGGAGUCACAGUGGUAAUAGUGCGUGAGGACUUAAUCGGCUUUGCUCUCAAGGAGUGCCCUAUAGUAUUGGACUACAAAGUGCAAGCAGAGAAUUCUUCAUUAUACAACACUCCUCCAUGUUUUAGUAUCUACAUCAUGGGUUUGGUCCUGGAGUGGAUAAAAAACAAUGGUGGAGCUGUGGCUAUGGAUAAACUGAGCAAAAUUAAAUCAGAAAUGAUUUAUGACAUUAUUGAUGGAUCCACUGGAUUCUAUGUAUGCCCUGUGGAAAGAAAGAACAGAAGCAGAAUGAAUGUUCCCUUCCGGAUUGGCAGUAUUAAGGGUGAUGAAGCCUUGGAAAAGAUAUUUCUUGAAAAAGCUGUAGAAAACAACAUGAUAUCCUUGAAAGGGCAUAGAUCUGUUGGAGGCAUCCGCGCUUCUUUGUAUAAUGCUGUGACUAUAGAAGAUGUUCAAAAGUUAGCAGCCUUCAUGAGAAGCUUCAUGGAGAUGUAUCGGUCGUGAACUCAAGAAACCGAUGUUGCACUGCACCUCUUCAAAGUAAAAGUCUAAAGAAUUGGAAGCUGGUAGAAAUCUUUUGCAAAAACCAUUAAAUAGCCCAGUCAGAUUUUCACAACAGUAAACAUUCCAGUAACACUCACUGGCCAGUCCAAUACUCAACGCAGUCAGUACAGGCUUGUACCAGCAGUGGACUUUCAAUUGAUCUCAGUAUUUAUCACAGUGCUUCAGGAUUAUUUUUUUAAGGGUCUGUGUGAGGGGAAAUUCAUUGGCCCAUCAAAGGGUAUUUAAGCUUUUGUUUUCAAACCAGAUCAGAGCACUUGUGAUAUACAGAGUAUGUUAGACUGGAAUGUCACAUGUUGCAAUUAUUUGGUCUCCUCCAUUUAAGUCUCCUCCAAACAAUCCAACUGUAUGUAAAAAUACCUCUUGGGUGUUCUUUGCUGCAAUUUUUUCCUACUAUUAAUCAUUUUGUUGCUUUACAAAAUAAUGUGUAAGAAUGCCAUGUGCUUGAUCUGGUAAGCAAAGUUAAUACCUUUGGCUACAUUUCACACCAUCACCUUUUUAAUUUCCUUUUAAUACUAAUAAUUCCAAGUAUGCAUUAAUAUAAUGGUGCUUAAGGGAACAACUGCCAAUCAUGCUUUGCUGACUUCAAGCCUUACAUUUGCAAACAUUUUGAAACAGGAAGCCUGUUAAGUUUUAUAGACUUGGCUCUGGCAUUAAUUUCCAUCUUAAAAUGUUAAGCACACAUUUAAUUACACUAAGGUGGAGAUUAUUUUUCUUUAAAAUAUUAGACUUAAAAUUACUGACUAGAAAAUAACUUUUUGACAGUCUUACCAGCACAGAGGCCAAAACCACUUUACUUUCCUGUUCUCUUUUCCUUUCUGAAAUAGUAUCUUUGCAGUGUUUUUAUAAGACUGUCCUGACUUCUUACAAUGUUCCCUGUGAAUGCCUUUGUUUGGAAGCUACAUUGUACAGUUUGUUCCUUCACAGACGGCAUGCCCACAGUGAAACAGGGCCUUGCAUGUUCUUCGUAUACAAUUCAAUUUUACACCUUUUCUCUCCUGCAAUAUGAGAUUGUCUCCAUGUAGGAAAAAUGUGGUGUGUACUGGCACAUAGUCUGACAUAGAAUCUUCCCUUCACUGCAUGUUGUUGUCUUUCUGCCUCUCUCAUCCUCACACCCCCAUGUUCAUGUUCUCUUACUAGCAGAAGCCCUAAUCUGCUUGAUAACAUCUCUCUUUUAAAAUUAUGCAGAAGCAUUAAGCUUUAACUCUGAGCAUUUUUGAAAUGCUUUCCUAACUGAUCGUUACACAAAAUAACAUAGCAUUAGUAGAAUCAUAAAUUGGUGUCCUGAUCAGUGAACAGCAUUCUCAUUUUAACGUGUGUUUUUAUCAAGUACAGUUUAAGCAUAGCAUCUAUGCCUAAAUAUUAACUAUGUCCCUUCUUUGUUCCUAGUAUAAUGUCUAAAGAUACUGCAUAUGCACCACUACAGAAGAUUUGACAGUUCUGUUUAGUUUAAAAAUAACCAUGGUUUACUUUCUCUUUGUGUUAAUACUAUAAAUUGGAAAAUAAUAAAGCCUUUUCAAGCAACA